AUGGACCACCCUUACUCAGCAUUCAGCGACCUUCCUGAGAUCCAGUUCAAUGCGGCAGGCCAUCUCCAGGAUGGAUACCGGUGGCCAGAUCGGGAUGUUCCCUGGAUUGGUGCACGUCCCAAUCAGAGAGCAACCCUUUUUGGCUCCGAGGUGGCCUUGGACACAGCGCCAGGACACUCCAUGCAACGUUACUUGAGCGGGCCUGAACGCCCCCUCUUCGAGACAAAUGUCUUUCAGCACCUCGACAGUAGCGCCGACCGUGAGCAUCGGCAUUUUGAUCUUGAGCCUUGCUUCGACCCCCAGGCGCCCUGGCCGUUCCCCGAGAGGCAGAAGUCUCCCGAUAACUACCGGUCUAGCUGGUCCGUAUCCUCAAGCAGCAGCUACAACAUCUCGCACAAAGACGAUCUGAGUAUCAACAGCUUCGGCUCCCCCGAGCGCGGAAGCAGCCCGCCGUACGUUUCCCAGGACACAACCUACAGCGACUACAAAGCGUAUCCUGUAUACUCGAUGGAGGAAGCGACGCUUGGUGCCGGCGGCUCCUGCACUCUCUCAGACAUCCAACCAUACCCCUCUCCCUGCGAAGAGACCGAGCCGGCCCUCGACUAUGAGGAUUGCCAUGACAUGAAGAUGGGAUUUGCCUGUGAACAGGAGACCAUCCUGUUCAACGGCAAAAUGGCAACCGAUGAACAUCAUUGUGCCCAUCUAAACGAUGAGGACGUCAUCCGCGUCCGUGACGCUGAGUCAGUCAAGCCUGUCGUCAAGAGCGAAGAUGAAGCCGACUCCGACUGGAAGCCUCGCAAUAAGCAGCGUCGCCGCCGGACGUCUCGUUCCAGCAUCAGCUCCCAAAGCACAGCCCGUCGCAGCAGCAACUCGAGCAAAACCUCUCACAGCGCCAGCAGCGGGCGCGGUCGCAUCGCGAAGUACUCGAAAUCCAACUCCUCCAAGUCCAACUCCUCUUCUAAGGACGGCAACUCAGUGAACCGCCCCUUUCCCUGUCCCUUCGCAGGGUAUUCGUGCUCUUCCACAUUUGCAUCCAAGAACGAAUGGAAGCGGCACGUCAGCACGCAGCACAUCCGCCUCGGCUUCUGGCGCUGCCAGCUAUGCCCAAGCACACUCGACGGCGGCGCCACUACGUCUUACAACGACUUCAACCGCAAAGACCUGUUCGCACAGCAUCUGCGCCGCAUGCACAUGGCACCCAGCAACGCAGCUUCCGGCAACAAGAGCGGCUCCUGCUCCAGCCCUCCCCCAAAGGAUGCUCCCAUUACGGAGGAUAACAUGGCCGACUUCCAGAAGCAGUGCUAUCUGAAGCUGCGCGACCCUCCGCCUCGCAGUUCAUGUCUCUUCUGCAACCGGUCUUUCGAGGGCCCGGGCAGCUGGGACGAGCGCAUGGAACACGUCGGUCGCCACUUCGAGAAAGACCGGAAGGGCGGCGAUGCGAAAAUAUAUGGCGUCGAGCGAUGGCAUGAGGAUCGUGUGCUCGAGAAGUGGCUGUGCGAAGAAGGCCUCAUCGAGUUGAAUGCGAGGGGCGCCUGGCAACUGGGAAGUGGCGCGACGAAGAAAGUCAGCCACAACGGGAACCUCAUCGGGAGAAUCGACGAGGAUGACAGCGAUGAGUCGUCUGAAGAUGAGUAG